AUGAUAUUUAAUAGCAUUAGGAAGAAUAUGUUUCCACAACUGAAGGAAGGGGAAAUCGGUGAGGGUCACAGAGGCUCAUCGGUGGCUGAAUCAUCAGUUCAUUGGAAAUUACAGAUAGGUGAGAGCGUAGGAUUUCAUGUCCGCCUGCAUUACCAGCGUCUUCGAGAACAGGGAGGUGUCAUGUUCUGUACAACAGGUAUGCUUCUCCAAGGUCUGCACUCCAAUCCAACUCUUAAGGGAGUGUCACAUGUGAUAGUGGAUGAAGUUCAUGAACGCUCAUUGCAGAAAUAUUUUGAGGCAGAAGAGGCAACUGUAAUUAAAGUCCCUGGAGCACUAUCAGCUCAAGAUAUUACAGCUGGAUUCUCUAAUGAACCAGGUUCACAACCCUUUAUCAACUAUGAUCUGGUUGUUGAUGUGAUUAAAUCUAUACAGAACUCCAGGCCACCUGGUGCUAUUCUGUGCUUCUUACCUGGAUGGCAGGAUAUCCGGACAGUUCAGGCACGACUAACUGAAGAUAAGAAGUUAGAAAGUAAGCUGUGGGUGUUGCCCCUUCAUUCAAGGUUGUCCUCAAGUGACCAAGAGCAGAUUUUUGAAGAAGCACCAGAAGGUCGUCGCAAAGUUGUAUUGGCUACAAACUUGGCUGAGACCAGCCUGACAGUCCAAGAUGUAAUAUAUGUUGUGGACACAGGUUGCCACAAAGAGCAUAGAUAUGACCCAAGGAAAAAUUUAAGCAUAUUAGCCAACCACUGGAUCUCACGGGCUAAUAGCCAGCAGCGGGCCGGAAGGGCAGGACGAGUUCAGCCAGGAGAAGUGUUCCACCUCUACUCCUUGAAAAUCCAUAACAACAUGGACCCCUUUCCUGUCCCUGAGAUCAUGAGGAUCCCUCUGGAGCAUGUUAUUCUCCAGUGUAAGGCACAUUGUGGAGAUGAAAGUAUGCUUAGCUUUCUCUCAGAAGGAUUGAGUGUUCCAUCACGACGGCUUAUUUCCAAGGCUGUUUCCACACUUGAGGACCUAGGAAUGUUGAAAAUCCUUGAUCAAGGAGCCACAGAGAACUCACAGCAUUGGGCGUCGCGUUGUGCACUUCUCCACUCCUCCUCAUUUAUCAAAGGCACUUGUCUAUGCUUCUUUAUUCAAGUGUCUGAGUCCAGUCCUCAAAAUUACUGCCAGUCUGACAAGUGGCCGAGACAUUUUCCUGAACAACAUUGAGAACAGAGCAGAAACACGAGCUGUAAAAACUCAAAUGAAUAACACCAGUGAUCUUUUAGCAAUAGCAGGUCUUUGCUCAGCCUGGGAGGAGCUGGACCAUUAUAAAGAUAAAAUUGAUUUCUGCAAUGACAACAACCUCAACCAUCGAAGCAUCAUGUAUAACUUAGGUAUGACUGGCAAUUGUAGGGUCUCAAAAUUCUGU